CUUCUCUCUCUUUCUCUAAGGCAAUGGCAAAGGGCAGAGCAGUGAGUACUUAAGACCAGGUCCUUCCCAAAAUUAGCAUCAUUUCUCCAUCAAACCAAACCUCUCCUAGAUCUGGUUUAUCUUUCUGUCGUUUCGUCCUUUGCCUUUCCUCUUCUUCUUCCUUAUCUCCCACAUUUGUUUUCGUCUUCUUUUACUCACUGGAACAACUCUUGCCGGUCUCCUCUUCACUUCCCGCACUCGCUUGCCGAUCCGGUGCCACUUUAGGAGGGGAGGUUAUCUAGUUUCCAAUUAAGUGGUACUUGCAACAUUGUUUUCAUACUUGGGUCAAAGUAUACUAUAGCUGAGGAAAACUUGAAAGUUUGAUAAAUGACGAGGGGAAGAUCUGAUGGAACACAGAAGAAGCGCUUAAUCGCUACCAUAUGUGUUGUAGCAAUUUUUCUUGGGUUUCUGUAUGCAUAUUAUGGAUCCAUUUUCGGCAAUCAAGACUCGGCUCUACAGCAUGGCAGCAAGUCCUUGAGCCAUUAUUUGAUGGGGAAUGAAGACUCUGAAGAAUCUUCAACAACAUCUGAGCAGGAAGACGCAGAAGAUGAUGUCAUACCAAAAAGUUACCCAGUUUGUGAUGACCGGCAUUCGGAAUUAAUUCCCUGCUUGGACAGACAUCUCAUUUACCAAAUGAGAUUGAAACUGGACCUUUCUUUAAUGGAACACUAUGAAAGACACUGCCCACCACCUGAGAGGCGGUUCAAUUGCCUGAUUCCUCCUCCAGCAGGAUACAAGGUCCCAAUUAAGUGGCCUAAGAGCAGAGAUGAAGUGUGGAAAGCAAACAUUCCUCAUACUCAUCUUGCUCAUGAGAAAUCUGAUCAGAACUGGAUGGUUGUCAAAGGUGAAAAAAUUGUGUUCCCUGGAGGAGGUACUCAUUUUCACUAUGGAGCUGAUAAGUACAUUGCAUCUAUUGCAAAUAUGCUCAACUUUUCAAAUGAUAAUCUAAACAAUGAAGGAAGACUGCGUACUGUUCUUGAUGUUGGUUGUGGUGUUGCAAGUUUUGGAGGAUAUCUUCUCUCAUCUAAUAUCAUAGCAAUGUCCUUAGCACCAAAUGAUGUUCAUCAAAAUCAAAUUCAGUUUGCCUUGGAAAGAGGAAUUCCUGCAUACCUUGGUGUUUUAGGAACUAAGAGGCUCCCUUACCCAAGCAGAUCUUUUGAACUUGCACACUGCUCUCGUUGCCGUAUUGAUUGGCUUCAAAGAGACGGGAUUCUUCUUCUUGAGCUAGAUAGAUUGCUUAGACCUGGAGGUUAUUUUGCUUAUUCAUCUCCUGAAGCUUAUGCACAGGAUGAGGAGGAUCUGAGAAUUUGGAGAGAAAUGAGUGACCUUGUGGGUCGUAUGUGUUGGAGAAUCGCUGCCAAGAGAAACCAGACUGUUAUUUGGCAAAAACCCCUGACAAAUGAUUGUUAUCUGCAAAGAGAACCUGGUACUCGUCCUCCACUUUGCCGAUCUGAUGACAAUCCCGAUGCUGUUUGGGGUGUGCAGAUGGAAGCUUGUAUCACUCCUUAUUCUGACCAUGAUCAUAAAGCCAGGGGCAGUGGAUUAGCUCCUUGGCCAGCUCGAUUAACUUCACCUCCUCCACGACUUCAGGAUUUUGGCUAUUCAACUGAAAUGUUCGAAAAAGACAAGGAAAUUUGGCGGCGUAGAGUUGAAAGUUACUGGAAUCUACUGAGUCCAAAGAUGGAAACGGAUACUAUCAGGAACAUUAUGGACAUGAAGGCCAAUAUGGGAUCAUUUGGAGCUGCUUUGAAAGACAAGGACGUGUGGGUGAUGAAUGUUGUUCCAGAAGAUGGACCUAACACACUGAAGUUGAUAUAUGAUCGGGGCCUCAUAGGCACUACUAAUAACUGGUGCGAAGCCUUCUCGACAUAUCCUCGUACCUACGAUCUGCUCCACGCCUGGACCAUCUUUUCCGACAUCGAGAAGAAAGAAUGCAGCGCUGAGGACCUGUUGCUCGAGAUGGAUCGCAUGCUGAGACCCACAGGUUUCGUCAUUAUCAGGGACAAGCAAUCUGUUGUAGAUUUGAUAAAGAAGUAUCUACCCGCAUUGCACUGGGAAGCAGUGGCCACUGCAGAUUCCAGCUCGGACUCAGAAUUGGACGGGGACGAGGCCGUAUUCAUCGUCCAGAAGAAACUGUGGCUGACAAGUGAGAGUGUCAGGGAUUCAGAAUAAGACCAAAAGAGCUGUCUUCUUCACAAUUCCCUGUUGCUGUUAAAUUUUCCGGUGCCCACCGCUGCCCAGAGGGAUCAGAUCAGCAAGAAUAUCCCGAGCAGUGAUGCCAGUAAAAAUAGUUCCUUCUUCCGUUCAUUAGCGAGAUAUUUCACAUUUCUAUUUAUUUUUACUCGUGUAAUGCUUUGAUUUGAUGAUAGUAUCUAUAGACGAUGGAUAUUCUUCAACAAUUUUUUUUUUCCUUUUUUUUGUCUUUCAUUGGGCCAUUGUCUCUCUACUUAAAGUUAUUUGAUUAUUGAUUCAAGAAUGGAAGAUUUGGCCUCAAGGGUCAUAGGAAUAUAUAAUUUUGCUUCA